UCAAGUUGGUACUACUGAGAUAUCUCUCCCACUGUCAUUAAUGUCAAAAUAUGCCACAAAUAACUUGAAUGUUAUGUUUCUUUAGCUAAAUUAAACCCAAAAUUAAUGAUGAGUGACACAAAAGGGCCGAUUCUUUAUGUCCUGGUGAUUGGGUUUCAUCAUAAAAAAGGUUGUCAGGUUGAGUUUUCUUUCCCCCCUUUGGUUCCUGAAUCUCCAAACGAGUGUCCAGCCGGUUGGAAAUACUUACCAACCUUAGCUUUACCAGAUGGAUCUCAUAAUUUCGACGAGGAUACCGUAUUUUUUCAUUUACCCAGUUUAACACAACCCAGAAAAACCGUGUAUGGUAUAUCGUGUUAUCGACAGAUUCCCGUUGAGAAAUUAAAAAAUAAAACAGCUGAUAUUACGAGGGGAACUGUACAAAAAUCGGUUUGUGUUUUAAGUACUGUGCCUUUAUUCGGGUACAUACAAGUUAAAAUGACAUUGAUUACGCAUGCUUAUUUCGAUGAAGGGGAUUUUAGCAAAGUUUCGUUACUUGAGGAUACUUAUCAUCAUUUAAAUUCCGUUUUAUUACAAAAUGAUUUACAUGCACAAACAUAUGUGGGGUUAUCUUUAAGAGAUUUCAUAAUGCACUGGAAACAUAAAGCAGUAUUACUAUUUAAAUUAAUGCUUUUAGAGAAACGAGUAAUUUUCCAUAAAAGUCCCGUUCACGAUUUAUGUUCAACAGUUUUAUGUUUGUUAUCGUUAUUUCCUGAUAUGAUUGAAAAAGGGUUGGAUAAAUCGGCGUGUGUAAGAUUAUCGAGACCUAUGUCGCCAAUGCCAAAUUUUUCCGAUGAUGAUAUUACCCCAGAGGCAAGUCCUCGACAUCAAUCCAAAGACAUCAAAAUCGAAUUUGUUGAAGCUCCAUCGAAAGAAUACGAAAAAAGCACACCUGAAAAAAAUACGUCAUCCACGGAAUUAGGUGUAGAAAUUACGGAAAGUACAGAAGAAGAAAUCACUAAAGAGAUAUCAGAAAAUGGUAAUAAUGAGAAAUCGCAAAAUUCUAAAGAACAAAAUGAAACGGAAUCAUGUAAUAAUUGGAUUCAAUUGGCUCAAUUAAAAAAUGAAACGUGUGGUUUUCCGUUAAAAAUUUUUCAUCAGGGAUAUUUGUGUCUUCCGUAUCUUUCGCUCCCCUACAUGGAUUUAUUAAAUGAUGUGAAUGUUCGCGGGUACGUUGUUGGGGCCACUAAUGUUCUGUUUAAGCAAAAACGUCAACUUUUCGAUAUUUUGGUCGAUAUCGAUACCGCAAAAAUUGAAUGCCAAGAUUUAGAGUUAAGGAAACACCUACACCUAACGACCGAAGAUUUACGAUUCGCCGAUUUUAUCGUUAAACACGUCUCUGAAGAGAAACACGACGUAUUUUUGGAUGGAGUUGGUUGGGAAGGCGGCGACGAAUGGAUUCGGACUCAAUUUAAAAUUUAUUUGUUGUGUUUAUUAAGAACUUCACUGCUUCAAGAUGAUUGCAAAGAGUUUGAGCAUUUCAAUUCAAAUUUUAUAUCGGCUUGGAAGGAUACUUUUAAUUAUAAAAUGUGGAGUGGGAUUGAUUAUCCAACGAUUUUAGAAGUUAAUCCUGGUCAUCCAUUUUCAGGACAAUUAUCUGUUGCAGAUAUGAAACUAAGAUUUUCACAUACAAUGCAAAAUACCGAAGGUGGAAGAAAAUUAAAUCAAGCGAUGGUCUCAACAGGUAGAGCAGUAGCAACAACUAGUAAAGCGGUUGGUGGUGCUAUAUCUCAAGCAAAAGGUGCGUUCUCAAACUGGUGGAGUAACUUAUUAGUGAGCCCGGAUCCCGCAAAUGCGUCAACAAUCGAUGUACUUAAUGAUACAAAUAUUAAACCGGACGGUGUAGAUAAUAAAAAUAAUCAAAUCGAAGUAACUAACGGGUUUUUAAUAAACGAAAUCGAAACGAAUACGGAAAAAAUCGUUGAUCAUAAACCCGGGGAAGUUCAUUUAGUUUAAAAAGAUUUCUUCUAUUUUUUUCUUUUCAGUCUGUGUGUGUGGAAAAAGAAAUAAAGAUGAAAUAAAUAACGAAAAGGUUUUAAAAAAAUCAUCAAAAUGUUAGUUAAAAGUAUUAUUGUACAAAAAAAAAAUCAAGAACAAUGUUACUAUUAGAAAAUCUUAUUAACUUAAAAACACUCUUAAUCUUAUUAUUCAUUCCUUAGUUUUUUGUGAUAUUUAAAUUUUACUUCUUGUUAU